AUGUCUCCUGAGAACUUUAGAGAGAGCCCUAACUCUGAAAAGCUGUCCAUCCUAGGUGAAUUCCAGGACCAGGAGGAUCCUGAUUCCCCACCACCCAUCAUUCUUAGCCAUAAUCCUGACACCCCAUUGAGCACUCAGCUGUUCACUGGGCUGCACCUGGCUGAGAUGGAGAAAAUGUUUGAGGAGGGCAUUGGCUCCACUACAGCCAUGGACCUGGAAACUUUCAUCAGGACCAUGAAGACGAUCCUGAGCAACGUGUCAGAGGAGGUCCUGGAGUCAGUGUUUCUCAAGGUGGAUUCGGAUGGUAAUGGUUUCGUCACCUGGCCAAAGUACAUGGACUACGUGAUGCACGAGUUCCAGGGCCAGGAAGAGAUGAGGAGGAGUCAGUACCGCCUGCGCUUCCACCUUCCCAUGCGGAUCGUCCCCCUACGGCAUGGGUGUGAGGUCGUGAAAGUUGAAUUUUUAAUACAGCGGUUCAAGAAGAUUAGAUGUUUCCUGACUGUCACCAAGGAUGGGGUCCUGCAGUUCUGGUCUGAAUCCUUCUUGCUGAUUAGGUCCUUUAGGCUCAGCCACACCCAGCAGCACCACAACCAGCAGAUGUGGGUCAUCGACCUGGUGAGCCUGCACAACCUGAACCUCAUUGCGGUUUCAUCUACUGAGCUAAAGAUAGAGUUCUUUGACAUCAGUAACUAUAAAUGUGUCCGGGCCUUCACCUUUACUGAACUGGAUAACUGCAUCCUGGUCAUGAACUACUGGUCUGAUUAUCACAAAGGUGUGUUCUGCCUUGGGGACACCAACGGCAAUGUCAUCAUUUUCACUUCUGAAAAUGUGGCCAAUGGGCUGUUCAACCCACGUGUCCUUCCUAGGACUUCCAAAUGGGAUAGCUGGGUCAGUGUUUCCAUGCAGAAACUCUUAAAUGAGAAGUCCAUCUUGUACAGAAGUUACUGGCUGCCGGCUCUCCAUCCCAACUGGUGUCAGCAGGUCAAGUUUGUCCCUCAGAUGAACAUGGUGGUCUCCUGUUCAGCUGUUGAGAAGUCCUCUAUGGUGCUGACGAUGUUGCCAGCCAAAGACCCAGAGAAACUCAAGUUUUCAGUGCUGAAUUUAAAAAAAGGAAUUCUUUGCUUUGAUUACUGUGCAGACAAGAACUUCCUAGCAACUGGUGGAUAUGACUCCCACAUCCGUUUGUGGAACCCCUUCAUCUCAAAGAGGCCUGUGUGGUUGAUGAAGGGACAUCAGACCUCAGUGACACACAUCAUCGUGGACAGCAAGAACAGCAGCAUCCUCAUCAGUAUCUCCAGGGACAAGAACAUCCGCGUGUGGGACCUGCAGGACUACGUGUGCCUCCAGACCUUCUCUGGAAAGCAGUUUUCCCUGGGAAACUACCCCAUCACCAGUGCCUACUUCCACACCAACGACAAUACCCUCAUCUGCAGUACCUACUCUGUUGGCAUCCUUAAAGGAUACUUAGAGGCUCAUGGGCCUAUGAAAUCAGGGAAGACCACAACUCACAAUUCAGCCCUGUGCGCUGUCCUCUACAGCAAGAUCUUCAAGCAGGUGGUGAGUGGCUGCCAGCAGGGCAUGGUGAGCGUGUGGGAGAUCACAACAGGGAAGAGGAUGAUGGAGUUCUGCGUGUCUGGGACCCGGCUCGUGGAGCUCACCGCCAUGGCCCUGGACGUGCACGAGCGAUGCCUGCUCACGGGCUUGCUGGAUGGCACGAUGAAGAUGUGGAACUACAACACUGGAGAGUGUCUGCUGACUUUCCCCAACCCCGACAGAGUAGAGAUCACGGGCAUUGUCCAUAUGAACAAAGUAUACUACAUGACGGGAUGGAGUAAGAGGAUCACUAGUUUCAUGUUCCACAAGGCCAAGCCAGUGCUCUUGUGCCACCACUGGCAGACCUUCCACACGGAGGAUGUGCUCUGCAUGGCCAAGUACCAGAACCAGUUCCUUGCGACCUCCUCCUACAAUGGGGACAUUCUCUUCUGGAACGUCAACAUGUUGAAGCCCAUCUUGAAAUUCAAUGCCUCCUUGAGCCCCCUGCCCUUGCAGCCUGUGAAGCUGCGAGAAAUGGAGGAAUGUAUGGCCAGCAGGCCCAGAAAAACCUGCCUGGAGAGGAGGUGGGCACACAAGACCUCCAUGAAGCUCCCUUGCUCUGGCUGGAGGGCUGUGGACAGGGCCAGCCUGAGGCAGACCCUGAUGUCAGCUCCUGUGGUGAUGAGACACUCAGGUGCCAAGGAGCCAGAGAGGCCUCUGUCCUACCAGGUAUCUUUUAGCACUGGCAGAACCAACUCAUCAAACAAGUCUCUUGACAAACAGUCAUUUCACAGAGAAGCUGAAUUGAGAGAGAAGGAAUCCCAGAGGAAAAUAUUGCUGCAAUCCAGUGCAUCAGUGGAGAAGAUCAUCUUCCUGCAGACCAGGCCUCGCCUGCCACACACGGCUGCCAUGCUGAGCAGCAGCAUAGAUGGCUACAUCUAUGCUUGGUCCAUCCAUGGAAAUGGAGGCUUGCUGGGGAAAUUCCCUGUGGACCUGGAAGAUAAUGGGGACAUUGUGGGUGCCAUGGCCACUGAUGAAAAUGACUGGAUCCUUAUCACAGGAGAUUGUAAAGGACGCAUCAAGAUAUGGGACAUCAAAGAUUACUGCACAUUUGCUGGCCACUGGCCACCCCAAUCCAGUGCAGUGAAGAACUCCACUGAAACAGAGAACAAGUUCCGGCUCUUAAUUCCCAAUCAGCUCCAGGCCAACAUCCCAUACUAUAUUCCUCUGCAAGAGAAGGAGGUUGUGAAUGGCCAGACCAUUUCCCUGGUUCCCCCCACGCUCCUGAUUACCUGGAAGGGCCAUCUGGAGAGUGUGGCAGAUAUCCUGUAUGUAGACAACUUGCAGCUGAUUAUCAGUGCUGGCCAGGACCGCGAUGUCAAGACUUGGAAACUCUCUGGUGAUGCCGUUGGGACGUUUGGCCUGAGCAUUUGGAAAAAGGUCCAGCAUGCCACGAUGGAUGGUCAAGAACAGAGCACAAGCCUAGAGGAGAAGGCAGAUUCCACAGGCACUGUGCUCAAGGGCUCCCACCUGGAGCUGCAAAAAGCCCCUCUCAGAAGGGAUCUGGCGGAGGCCCUGGCAUACCAGCAGCGGGAGCAGGUGGCCCUGAUGGCAUUCCUAAAUGGGAAGGAGGAGGUGGAGGCUGAGGCCAGGACCCGGCUGCAGAGGAUGGCCCAGAUGUCCCCAUGGGCCCGAGAGUACUCGCUGGAGGACAUCGAGGAGAGUUGGAACCAAUGGGUGUCCAAAGGCAGGCAGGUGAGCAAAGUCGUAGGAGCAGCAUAUAAGCCCAGGAGAAGGCUGCAGACCCACAGAGUCCUGUCUGCCAGUGUGAAUUACAGCUGGAUGAAGCAGCAGAUUUCACCUCAGAUCUACCAGUGUCUUUACUUCAACGAUCUGACACCUGUCCAGCAACCUGACUUCCUGACCAACCGGGCCUCUGACCAGCAGGUCCAGAGUGCCUUUCAGGUGGCCCCUGGCAUCCGGAAGAAUUUGGAGACUGUCAGGAAGCGGACCUUUGUGGACACCCCAGCCGAGGCCCUGGCUACCAUCCCUUCCACUUCCCCAUCUGUGUCCACAGUGACCUCGGCCUCCAAGCUGCCAGCCUCCAACCUACCUGCAUCCCUGAGGCCCAGGUCCUCUGUCCCUUAUAAUAGCUCUGGCAAGUUUCCAUAG